AGCACAAUAUUUCAACUGAUUCCCGCAUUGACUUUGAAAAUUUCUGCGAGUGUAAAAGUCAUGUGUUAUUAAUGGUGUCUUCCUCGUGUAUAAAUAAGGGUGUUCCUUAGAAAGCGUUGCAGUUCACCUGAGAUCGUAGUUAGAAACAAGAAAACAAUGUUGCGGUUUUUAGUUCUUGGAGCGAUAAUCGCUCUUUCUUCGGCACAAUUUCAACCUCAAUCUCAACCUCAACCAAGUGGAAGAAUUUUAGAGCCACCUGUGCCUGCACUUUGUGCUCAAAGAAACAUUCACGCGAGAUACCAUUCGAAGGGUUAUUACUUCUCAUGGGCUGAUCCGCGAACACAGGGCCAAGAAUUUGACUGGCUUUCGGCUAGAAAUUUCUGCAGACAACGAUGCAUGGACCUCGUUUCAUUGGAAACUUCCAACGAGAAUGAAUUCAUCAAGAAACAUAUUGUUGACAAUAACGUUAAGUACAUCUGGACUUCCGGUCGUCUUUGUGACUUCAAGGGUUGCGACAGACCCGAUCUUCUUCCAUCCAACAUUAACGGCUGGUUCUGGACUGCUGAACUUCAAAAAUUGGCACCAUCCAACAUCCGUAAUCAAAACGAUUGGUCUGAAAAUGGAGGAAUUGGACGACCUCAACCAGAUAAUCGCGAAGCAAUUCAAGGAGGAGCACCAGAAAAUUGUCUCGCUGUUCUCAAUCAAUUCUAUAAUGACGGUGUUAAUUGGCACGAUGUUGCUUGUCAUCAUAAGAAAUCGUGGGUUUGCGAAGAGAAUGAUCCUCUCUUAAAAUACGUCCGUUACACUAAUCCUAAUUUACGUCUUUAAGUUUUAAAUUCUUUUUUUUUUCUUUUGAAAACUUCUAGUUAAGACUGUUAUUAAUGACACAAUUUUUUCAAACAAUAUUUUUGUUUUGUAAAAGAAUUUUUAUUGUUUUCUAUUUUUACUCUUGUUCAAAUUUGCUGUUUUUCUUUUCUAUUAAGCUAACAAUAAGUGACUGAGUAGUGUGUACAAAACAAUGUAUUUAUUGCAAAAAAAAUGACAUUAUCUGUUAAUGUUUUUUUUUUUUAAAUAUUUCAAAAUAACUGCAUUAAUUUAGAAUUAUGUAACAGUCGAUUAAAUGAACUAUUUAUGUUGUAUGAAUGCUGUACUGAAUUCUACUCUUCAGAAUGACUUAUUUAAUAAAUGAAAAUUUUCUUCAUUACGUUA